UAGGUGUAUUUCCGUUGCGUUUUGGGAAAAUCUGUCCACCUUGUGGCUCUUGAUUCCUCUGUAACAGGGCAGAGACUUCAAGGGCUUCCAGAUCAAUCCACUCUCUCGCCCACGGAGGAUUUCAACCAAACAUUUUGAUCGCGCACACUGUUUAUUCGUCACAUGCUUCACUGCCAGAAGAUUUUCCACUGUGACCGCAGAAUUGCUGUCUUCACUAUGGGAACGGGCGAUGGGUGUCGCGGCCAAGUUGUUCCAGUCCAGGAGGCCCGGAAAGCCACAAAGUGUCUGUUGUGCUGCUGAAGUGCUGCUCAAUCCCAUUCAUAUGCAAAUGCUGUAAUCUGUCGACGAACGUGGAGAAUACUAACGAGGAGCGACGGCGAGGCAAAGCUCCAACUUUUCACCGUGGACAGAGGCGCGCAUGUCGGGCUCCUGGAAAAAUGCGCACCUCGCCUCCCGGAGACGCGCGUUUUGUUUUGGCCGCAGCACCGGUGAAUGCGUGGAGGGUUUGUCGGAGGACAACGUGGUGCUGCUGCACUCCUGCCGUCAGUGGACCACUGUGACGGCCCACAGCUUGGAGGAGGGACACUACGUCAUCGGGCCCAAGAUCGACAUCCCACUGCAGUACCAGGGGAAGUUCAAGUUGCUGGAUGAGGACCGCGACGUCCGGGAUCCGGUCCAGUAUUUCUCCAGUGUGGAGGAAGUUGCUGGAGUCUUCCCUGACCGGGUCUUUGUCAUGGAGACAAUCACUUUCAGCGUCAAGGUGGUUUCCGGGGAGUUCAGUGAGGACAGCGAGUCCUACAGCUUCACUCUGCAGGCUGGAGACGAGCUGUCACUGAUGGGGAAGGCCGAGCUUCUGUGUGCCACACCCCCGAAGGAAAAGACGGGACUGAGCGCGCUCCUGAGACGCCUGGGAAAAACUCCAAGAAGUAAGACGCCCUGUCUGGUCUGUAUGAACCACCGCACCAACCAGAGUGUCAGCCUGCCCUUCGGUUGCCGCGGACGCUUCUGCACGCGUUCACCCCUGGAGCAAGGCAUGCUGGGAGGGGAGCACACAGUCCGCAGCAUCAUCGAGAGAGUCCGCCUCCCUGUGAAUGUCUCGGUGCCUUCACGCCCACCGCGGAACCCCUACGACCGCCACGGCGUGCGCGAGGGCCACCGCUACAAGCUGCUGAACAUCGUCAGCAAGACGGUGGUGCUCUGCUUGGUCCUCCGGCGGCAGGAAGUGUCUCCCUCGCACUUCCUGCUGUUGCGCUGCAUGCCUCGCUUUAACGCGGCCGAGGCCUCCGUCCACACGGCGGCGCUGGAGAGCCUGCUGCUGAGGCACGCCUUCGACCCGGAUGCCUACUCUCGGGCGGUUAGAGAGACGCGUCCGGAGCUGGAGUGCAUGACGGAGGAGUGCGUGAGCCCCCGGCGGUCCCGGCUCUGCGUGUCGGGUCAGGACUCGCUGGCACCGUCGCUCCAGCGGCUCUCCAUGUGCGGCUACGUGGGCGGGCUUUCUGAAAACUCUCUAGGGGCGAGGUUGGGCGAAGGACCCGGUGACGAAAGGGAGUAUGUGACUCCCGAUUGGACUGAGGACGAGUUGAGGACCAAUGAGGAAAUCCCUUAUGAAGAACUCUGGACCAAUCAGAACGCAGAGAGUUUGGGGAAAGAACCAAACCUCAUUUCCUUCCACACGUCUUCCUCGUUGGAUGGGUCUCUUGGUACCGUGGUGACCAGAGUGUCUACCCCACCACCUAUACCUCCAAAAUCUGAUGCUGUGAGGGAGGAGUGCCGCUACUUGCUCGCCCCUCCGGUGCCGCCUCGCUGCUCUAAAGAAGGCUCCGUCUCCAGUCCGACCCCCAGCCCGCCGGUUCCGCCUCGCUUCCCCAAAACCUCCACCUCCCCGAGGCCAAACCUCUCCUUCUAUUCCUCCGGACUGCAGGACAGCUGCUCCCCCUCUCCGGACGCCACCCUCUACUGCUACCCAUGUUCCUGGGCCGACUGUCCCGCUCCUAACCCGGCCAGUCCGGACCCGGCCUCCACCGCCCCUGCAGAAAACACAUCCAGCUCUCAGCCUGCGCAGGCCACCUGGGCGGAGCCCUGGGUGGAGUCCUUCACAUCCCCCACACCCCGACUCCGGCCGCCGCCCCCACAGAGCCGAUUUGCACCGUUUGGCGCGUUGAACCCCUUCAACCGCCAGUCGCCUUGCCCAUCACCCGAACCCGUGACAAAUGAUUCCUCCAGAGGCGCGGAAGGCGGCGGGACAUCAUCGAGUGCUGCUGAUGGGUCCCCCUCUCCUCCUGACCCCACCUGGAGGCCACCCAGUGACCUUUCUGCUCUGUCACUGGAGGAGGUGUCGGCGUGCCUGCGGUUCAUCGGCCUGCCGGAGGCGGCGGUGGCCGUCUUCCAGAGGGAGCGGAUCGAUGGCAGCCUUUUGGUGCAGCUGACUGAAGACAUUCUAUCACACGACUUCCACCUGAGCCGCCUCCAUGUGACCAAAAUCACUCAGUUCAUCCAAGGCUGGAGGCCCAAAAUCUAACCCUACCACCCGAGUAAUGUGCCUGAUGGCGACUCAGCCGUCCUGAAUGUGCCUUCCACUGUGACCCACUGGCUGCUGAGCCCCUAAUGAAACCACGCCCCCCUGUGGCUAAACUGCAGAACUGAUUCUUCACUCUAACUGCAGAUUUUAAUUAGAUUUUUCUCUGAAUUUCAGACUGGAAGUAGUUUACUAACAUUGGCUCCAGGUGAGAAUUGAAUAGACAAAAAUUCCCGCUUUAGUUUUUAUUUUAAUUUUCGACAGAACAGCCUUUAGACACCAGGCGGAGUUCAGGGGCCAUGAAACAGGAAAAAAAACCAUUUUAUUUGAAGUGGGUGUGCAUAAGACUGACAUGUUGCAGUCAUAAACAUGAAAUACGCGUCAUGAAUGUGCAAGACUGUUGUCCUUAAGUGUCACUCAGUAAACAAUGACAUUUUUAAUGAAAAGUCACAUAAAAAGUGUCACUUUUAUUGUAAAGUUUCAUUAAACGUUGUAAAUAGUGACACUUUUAAUGUCACUUUUCAUUGAAAGAAUCAUUAUUUCCAACUUUUAAAGCAACUUUGCACUAAAAGUGACACUUUCAUUGUGACUUUGCAUUAAAGGUGUCUCUAUUUACAACUUUUAAUGAAACUUUGCAUUAAAGUUGUCUCUUUAAAUGCACUUUUAGAUUAAUAGUUACUCUUUUCACGCGACUUUGUAAAAUGUCAUUAUUUACCGAAUGACACUUGCUGACAACAACCCUUCAAACACAGUGUUCCCAAAAAACCAUUGAAAAUUCAAAAAUGCUUUUUUGACCCCAAAGGAAAAUUAAAUGUUGUUUUAACUCAUGUUAAUUCAACAUUAUUCAGAGUUCUUGUAAAUGUGGGCAGGAAGGAUCUCCUGUAGCAGUAUGUGUCACGGUGAAUUUGAGGAAGCCUCUGACUGAAGAUGCUCUGUUUUUCAAUGACAUUUUCAAUAUCUUGAAAGAAGGCAAAAAUUAUUUUGACUUUUUUUGUAAUUUCUAGUUAUUAUUAUUAUCAUUGUUAUGAUAGGUACUCAAUGAGUUUUGGUUGAUUAAACCUAAACUUAUGACCAGUAGGACGAGUAAAACUGAAAAUAUCCUUCAAACUGGUUUCCCUUGAGCUUCUGUGGGAUAUAACUGGAAUGAAUGGAGGAGCUUAGGAGCUAAAAAAAACAACAACAGCUAGUUAAACUAAAUCAAUACAAUAAAAACAAAUACAACGUGUUGUUAACUCUAUAAGUAAAAAAUUGGGGUUAAAUGUUCAGCCAUGAGUGUCUGGGCUUUUCUGUGCUUCACUGCAUUGGCACUGCGGGGAAUCACAGCAUAACAUUAUCGAUAAUUUUAGUUACAUUAAUUUGCUUCAAUGACACAUUAAUCUGUUUUUAGUUUCCCCAAACCUGAGAAAUUAGUUUUUAUGAUAUACCUCAAAUUUCUUGUUCUGUUAUGCUUUAUUUACCCAAAUAAAUGUAACUACAAUUAAAUCUCUCUUUGUCAUUAUUUCACAACAUUUAAAACUUAAAUUAGAACAACUUAAAGUCCCAGUAAAUGUAGACAGAUUGCAGAUUUCUGGCUGAUCACCGAUCUUUAAAAAACCUAACCUGCUAACUUAUUAGAUAGUUUAAAGUUUAAAGAUCUUAAUUCGAUUCUGUGAAGAUUUUUUUUAACCAUAAUUAUUGAUUCAGUUCAACAAAUAAUUGCCCUACUAAUCCAGAUGUAUCAAAUUUGUAGAUAUAUAUACAUAUAUGUGUAAAAACAAAGACUUAUUUUCUAUUUAUAGAAUAAUAAAAUGGCCAGAUGUGUCUGGACAACUAUGAAGGUGCAAUUUCUGUUUUUCUAUACUUGAUUGUCUAUGAUUGUAUUGUUGCGGCAUUAUGUCAGUUAUAUUUCACUAUAAAAAAGUUUAUGUUCCCUAAACUCAGUGGUCUAUAGACGAAUGAAAAAGCUACUUAAUGAUGUUUUUGAAAUCUGCUCCUUGUGUUACUUUACAGACUGAAGUAAAUCAGACGAACGAUGCAGAAAUAAAUGAGUGAUGUGCGAAAUAAAACAAACUAAAUGAG